UUCCAUGUCUUCAUGCUAUCCGAGCAAUACAUGACAAUGGUGAGAGGUCUGAAGACUACAUCAAUCUCUAGUAUAAGACUACAACUUAUUUGAGGGCAUAUUCAAGACCAUUAGAGCCAAUUAGGGGGGAGAACUUGUGGCCUAGAAGUGAUCAGGAUUCUGUGAUUCCUCCAAAAUUACGAAAAAUGCCUGGGAGACCGAAGAAAAAGAGGAGAAAAGAACUUCAUGAAAAUGUUGUGAAAACCAAGUUGAGCAGAGAAGGGAGGACCAUGACUUGUCAUGUGUGCAAACGAAAGGGUCAUAAUGCUAGAAACAAGUCUUGUCCCGGUAGGCGUGGUGCAAGUAGCCAAGCCAGUGACCUUACAAUGGCACAUACAGCAAGUCAGGGUGCAUUUGACACAGUUGUUGCUCAUACAAAUGCUACUAGCAGAGGCAUUGUGCCUAUAGAAUUUCUUAGUAAUUCAGUAGUAGCAACAAAUGUUGGUGCAAUAAGUGGUUCAGGUCAAAGAAGUGAAGGACAAUCUACCAACUCUAUGGCAGCAACAAAGGCUACAUACAUUAGUCCCUUUCACAAAGACUGUAGGCCAAAGACCAAGCCAAGGAAGAGAACUUUGCUAUCUGGACUAGGCCUUUAUAUCAAUCCCGACACAGGUCGAUCAAUUCUCAAUCCUGGAACUUCCAUGUCUAGGGUGAUCGAUCGUGGAAGUCAGAAUUCUAAAACGAAGAGGAAUGCAUCGAAGCCUGACUCGUAGAUGUUAUGACUACUGUUUGUUGUUGCCUCUUAUCAUAUUAUGACUACUAUUGGUUCUUGAAUUUGUAUUAAAACUUAUCUGGAUUUGUAUUAGGAUAUGUUUGAGUUCAUGGAUUAUGUCUAGUUUGUAGUAUUCUGGUUAAUUGAAGCAUGUUAGUUA